AACACACGAUGUGAACCAUAGUUGUGAAGUGCUUCCGCCCCACGCAUCCGGAUAUACUGCUGCUGUGUGCCCGGAAGUACCCGUGUGUGACCCCGACCCAAACCACCCGCCGGCCUCGUGUGUGGUGAUGCUGUGAUUGGCUGAAAGAAACACGGGGACAAGAUGGUGGACACAGCCAACCUCAACACGGACAAGGCCCUCCUGUCACUGGAGAUGAACCAGUGUGGAGUGGUGGUGGCGUCGACGAGCGGGGGCGGCGAUGGCGGUGGCGCGGUCGCGUCCAAGGACAGCAAGGACCUGCCCGAGAGGGGGUCCUGGUCCAGCAAGCUGGACUUCAUCCUGUCCGUCGUGGGUCUGGCCAUCGGGCUGGGCAACGUGUGGCGUUUCCCCUACCUCUGCUACAAGAACGGAGGCGGCGCCUUCCUCAUCCCCUACUUCCUGACCCUUUUUCUGGCUGGCAUCCCCAUGUUCUUCAUGGAGCUCGCCCUGGGCCAGAUGCUUACCAUCGGAGGGUUGGGCGUGUUUAAGAUCGCGCCUAUCUUUAAGGGCAUCGGCUACGCGGCGGCCGUCAUGUCCUGCUGGAUGAACGUAUACUACAUUGUCAUCCUGGCCUGGGCCAUCUUCUAUUUCUUCAUGUCGAUGCGAGCCGAUGUGCCGUGGAGAACCUGCAACAACUACUGGAACACGUACAAGUGCGUGAACCCGUACGCCAGGAAGAACCUGACCUGCUGGACGGCCUUCGUCAACCAGACGAGCACCAGGGUGUGCAACGUGAACCAGUACAACGUGUCGCUCAAGGAGCUGAGCGAUCCCGUCAAGGAGUUCUGGGAGAGGCGCGCGCUGCAGAUCUCGGAAGGCGUGGAGGACGUGGGCGGCAUGCGCUGGGAGCUGGCGGGGACCCUGCUGCUCGUGUGGAUCCUGUGGUCGUGUACUUCACCGCCCUCUUCCCCUACGUGCUGCUGACGGUGCUGCUCAUCCGAGGCGUGACGCUGCCCGGUGCGUUCGAGGGCAUACGCUUCUACAUAAGUCCAAACCUGUCCAAGCUGCAGAACUCGGAGGUGUGGAUUGACGCCGUGACCCAGAUCUUCUUCUCGUACGGUCUGGGUCUAGGCACACUUGUUGCUCUGGGCUCGUACAAUAAGUUCACCAACAACGUUUACAAGUGAGUGCUGCAUCCUGUUUUAUUCCAUA